CGUCGUGUCGUCGCGUGGCCUCACCUCCAGCAUCUACCUACCAACUUGUCCUCUUCUAUCAGUGGCACCACCAAUCUUUUACCACGAUUAAACCUCAGGCAUACUCUCGCCAUCUCUCUCUUCCUCCCGUGUGUCCAGUCUUCGUCUUCACACGCAGUUGCACGCCACUGCCACUUCGUCCAAUCUCCAGGGCGCAGUCGACCUACCCGCGUUGAUCUGAACCAGACUUCAAACCACUCUCUAGCCUUUCCGCUCCCUACCUUACCUUCCUUCACAGCGGUCAUUUUAGACAAGCUUUGUCGCUUUGCAGGUGUCCGCCCUUCUUUCUGGCCCCAAGACCACGACUUUUGCAUGAUCAAAGUGCUUUGACGGCCGCCAAUUGACCUGUCAGUCUGGUUACCCCACAAAACUCUAUCAGCAAAGUCACAGAUAAGUCACAAUCAUCGGCUGGCACCUCUCACCUGACCAUCACACGGUCCGCUGCCAUAGAAGAUGCGCACAGUGGGCCAUGCCUCAGCGCCGUGACCAUCACCCACCAGGAAGGAAGGCCUCGCAGCUGGGCGCUGGGUGCUCACACCUCCCUCGACGACAUGCCCUCCGCCCUUUCUAACCAGAACAACUAUUAUGCGACACAUCAUCGACGACAGUCCUCGUUGUCCCAAAACCACCUUCCCGAUUUCGUCAGAUCUCCCACCCAACUCCAGUCCCCAUCGCAGUCUCAGGUGUUCCUUCCCUCCACCGCCUACUCACAACCCUCUACAACCGCUUCUCGACCCCGGUCCCCUUCUUUGACCGCCUCGAGUUCCCAAGUCCGACUCGAUCUUCCUGUUGAUGAGCCCCUGUCCCACGACCCUCACGAAUUCUACCGCCAGUACCGUGACCCUUUUGCUACUCCGGCCUCUCUGGCCCUACAUCAGGAGGGCAUUCGUGCAACCACAAGUAGGGAGGACGACGACCAACUCCACAUCUCUCGAGAACUUAGUAACACAUCUCUACAAUCUAGUGAGGAACAUGGACUGAGACAGGCACGCGAUCCUAGCGCUGUCCGGAAAGCCUCCUUACACACUAUCAACGGAGCCUACGAAGGGGCCCAACCAAAGUCUUCAGGUUCCGUACCAAACAAUCCGAGGUCGAGAAAAGCUUCUUUUAAGGACCUGGUGGCCCGCUUCGAUGCCUCACCGGAAGAUCUUCCACCACUACCCACACAACAAUUAUCUCGUCCGGGCUCCAGAACUGCUAGUCCUAAGCCCUUUGCGUCCGGCGAACAAGCACAAUUAGAUGGAGGCCCCACCCAUCCCAGGCGGCCAUCAGCCAGAACCUCUGACGCUUACCGAAGAACAGGCGCCGCCGUCUUUAAUACUGAUUCCGUCCUCGCCAAAGACCAUCCGACGUCUCGUAAUCGACUUCCUUCUGCAGAGCUUUCGGCAAAGGCCCCCGGUAGUGUUGACGUCUCUCAACCUGCACGCAAGUUGUUGUUUGGAGAGAUUUUGCCCACUGUCGUAAACGCUUCAGCCGGCGCCGGGUACGGAAUUUUACGUCGAAGAGGCUCUGAAGGCUCUCCCAUGCAUACCCCAAACGCAAUGUUUCCAUCUGGCAACGCCAACUUCUCCACCCAGGACAAUUUGACCUAUGACAUGCUGACAAUCGCUCAUCAGUCUCCCAGUCCCGCCCUCGUUCAGACAUCUCAACAACCUGUACCCCGACCGACCCACCGGAGGGCACACAGCGAUUUCGUGCAUUCGGCCUUAAAGGGACCCCCUGGACCCGACCCUCUGUCGCCCGUUGAUAUAGAAUUCAUGGCGCGAACAUUGCACUACAUGGAACACCCUGAGCCAAAGCAGGAGCCUCAGUCACGGAUUCCAGUCAUGAAACGUCAUCAUCGCAUGGCUUCAGAACCGGCAGCCACCUCUCCUACUACUCGAUCCAACCACGGGUCGCAGCUACCAUUGCGCGUCGCGGAUCAUAAUUCCCCUUCGUUAAUAUUGCCCCAAACACAGCGAAAGCCGCAAAGUCCCCGGAGGAGACCCAAAUCUCCCAUCCAAAUCAAGAGUCCUGGUAGGAGGGGAAAAGAUCCAAUGUCUCAGGGAUCAAAAAGUCCAUCUCUCCGGGCCAACAUUAUCGCCCCUCCACCAAAGAUAUCUCCCCCGCUCAGGAGCUCACGGCCUCGUCUCCCUGUAUCCGCAGCCACCACAACAGCGUCUCGAUUAAAGAUGGCGGAAAAGUUUCAAGCUUCGGCCAAGGAGCAAAGUGAUCGAAAGCUUUCUCGAAGACAAAGACCUCCGGAAUUGAGCGAUAUUGAUCUGAAAGCACGCCGCCUGAAGAUCACGCAAGCGUUGAGCAGGUCCCGCGAAGGGGAUGACUUGAGAGUCGGUUCGGAAGCUGGUGUCCAGAGUCCCAUCAUAAGUCGGACCACAAGUAUCGUCCUUUCUGCCGGCGAGUCUGACGCUGAUAGCGAGAGCGCAAAACGACCAGGCGAGGUCCCUGCAGUAGUAGUGGAACCUGCUGCAGAUGCAGACGCGGGUGCACCUGACGAGCUUGCCUUUUACGCGUCUGGAGAACAGCACUCUUCAGAUCAGCGAGCAUUUACUCAAAAUGCUGUCAAGAUUGUCCAUGACCAUUCUCCAGAAGGUGGUUAUGGCGUGGAUUCACCAACAUUGGGCCACCCUGAGAACGGAUUCGGCAGUAUAUCUCUGUCUCUCAAUACUCAUUUGUUGCCACGCCAGGACGAGCAUGAGCCCCAAUCGGCACAGACAGUAGCAACAGAAGCUACCAUCAUCGAUGCUGAGCCUCAAACCGAUGCCACACGGUUGCAAACUCCUUCACAAUCGAUACUGAGUCAGAUCAGCGUGUUGCGCAACCAAAGCUCGUAUUCGCCACUGUCCGCGCACUCACAAACCUCCGGAGAAGCCUCCAACGAUGCCGACGCUGUAUCUGUACAGCUGAUGAUGCGCGACACAACUUAUUUGGACGAUGACGAGGCAGCGGAAAAGGGUUACCGGCCCUUUCCUCCAAGCGCUGGGUCUGACCUGAAUCCCUCCCGGAGCAAUGAGAGAAGCUCGUGGAGCUCUUCGAUUGAGGACCCUGUCGAGUCGGAAAAGGGUGGUGUUGGUAUGGUUCAGGUGAAUCUAACGCCCGACUACCCAGGCUUCAGCAUCAGAGAUGUCCCCGCAUCGAUGGCCAGUUCCAUUCAUUCUAGCGAUGAUGAUGAUCAAUGUGACUCGGCGCCACGAGACACCUAUACCAUUGUCAACAUUGUGCUUCAAAAGCAAACGCCAUCUGGAGUGGUGGACCAGCAGCUUGUGGACGAUAUCUACCACCGUAUUAUUCGAGGUUCACCGGACCUGGCGGAAGCAGACAAUGUGGAUGAGGAGAGAGUCGAACAGCUGUGUUUGCAAGAACUGGAAAACUACAGUGAUCACUGGGGGGGACAGGAUGAUUCACCGCCUGAGCCUGCCCAAGAUCUUCACCCUGAGACAUUAUCUGAGUCACACCAAGUUGAGCCAUAUGAGACAUCCGCUCAUUCGGCGACUCACUCACAGAACCAAGCUCCCCCACUGCCUCCAAACAGUUUCCGAGGGCACCGCUACAAAUCUAGCCUUGACAGUGCCGAGGACUGGGCGGAAACAUCACCUUCCGUGGUGGACUGGAUGAGAUUCGCGCUCACAUCACCAAAAGAACUUGAGCGCAAACCUGAGGGUUCGAGUGAUUUAGUGGGUACGCAAAGUCAAGAGCCACCUCCAUUGGAGAAUGCAAGAGACGAGUCUUCAGCAGAUCAAGUUCGACCAUAUGCGUAUGCAGACUCGCCGACUGUCGGACUAGACGCGAACACAAUCCCGCCGUUGCCGUCUCAUUCACCUCCAGCCCCUCCGACUGCCAUCCUCCCGGCGAAUGACAUGAGCUCCUGGUCAGCUCCUGUUGGCAUACGUCCUCCAAACGCUCAGACUUCCAAGAGGGCGAGACCACUGACAGCAGCGUCACAAUUAUCAGCCAGAUCGUCCCUAGACCAGCAAAUGACCCCAUCCACCUCCAGCGUGACCCGACCAUCGGAUGAAUCGGAGAUCACGCCGGAACAACGGCGACUGAAGCAGAGACGAAAUGUCAUCAAAGAGAUUGUUGAUACCGAGUAUACGUACGAACGAGACAUGCGAGUCUUGUGCGAUAUCUACCGACAAACGGCGAUCGUGGCAAUCUCGGACGAAGACAUCAAACUCAUCUUUGGCAAUGUUGAGCUUGUGCAGCAGUUUGCGAAGGAGUUCCUAGGCUUCCUCAGACAAGUGGCUGCACCCACAUAUGUCAUGGAACGGUCAGACCGGAAAAAAGAUGGGAAUCGCAACUCGAGUGUACAAGGCCCUGGUGCGGCGGACGAAUAUUCUUCGCUGACUGAGGUGCAAAGGGACCAACUGACCCGGGUGGGACAUGCGUUUGAGGUGUCAAUGGUAGAAAUGGAAAGAACGUAUACCGACUACAUCCGAACCCGUCAUGCAGCAAAUAAGAGGAUGGAGGUGCUGCAAUCGGCACCAGCCGUGGUAGAAUGGCUGCGGGAAUGCAGUGAGAACUCUAGUGACAUCACCAAUGCGUGGAGUCUGGACGCCCUGUUGGUCAAGCCGAUACAACGGAUUACCAAGUAUCCACUAUUGCUGCACCAGUUGUUGGAAGCGACGCCGUCGGAUCACCCUGACGCGGAGUUUGUGCGCAAAGCCUGUGCGGAAAUGACAGAGGUUAACAUGCGGAUCAACGACGUCAAAAAGCACACAGAGAUUGUGGACCAAGUGCUGAACCGAAAACGAAAGGAAUCAGACGUGCGAAAUGGGCUGACCAAGGCGUUUGGACGUCGAGCAGAGAAGCUCCGGCAGCACGUGGGCAUGAAUGAAAUGUUUGAGGAUGAAGAGUUCACCAGGAUCAAGCGAAAUUACGACAACAACAUCGCUCACUUGUACCUCGUGACGAAAGACGUCAAGGACUCUGUCGAAGUGAUCAGUACUUGGGUGACUGGGAUGUGCGGAUUGGCCAACGUGGCAGAAGCAUGGGUGGACGUGGGGCACACCAACUACCCACAAGCGGAGAGCAAACUCCGUCAACUGGCGAUUGUGGUGCGAGGCAUCCAUUCAAUUGCACUUCCGGACCAUGUGGAACAGAUGACGCGACGUGUGAUUCAGCCGAUGGAAAGCACGGCGACGAUGCUUGCCAAAUUCAAAGGUGACCCCAAAGGUCUGAUCCAAAAACGAGAGAAGAGACUUUUGGACUACAAUCAAUUCAAGAACAAGAGGGAUCGCGGGGAGAAAUUGGAUAAGAAGAUGAUUGAGCGCAUGGAGCAAUGGGAGGCGCUCAACAUCGAAGCCAAGGCGCGAAUGUCACGACUGCAGGAAGCGACAGGACGAUUGGUGCGAGGCUGUCAAAUUUCAGUGAUGAACCUGCAUCAAGAUUGGCUCAACAUGUGUAACCAGAAAUUCUCGGCGGCCAUGGGGAUUGAUGUUUCGCGUUUGGAGUUUCCAGACAUCAUCAAAGACUGGCAAGAAGAGUUUGAUCCGCAGCACGCAUUUGCGAUGAGCCUGAGUAUCUGUAACGGCACACUGCUGACAGAGGCUGUGAACCUGCUCACAUUUUUGACGCCAGGAUCGACGUUGACUGGUGAAGAUUCCCCGCGGCAAGCAUCUUUAAGCAGCGGCAUGAAACGGUCAGUGUCGACAAAUGAUGAGACUGUACAGGCGGUGGUGGCAGAUCGACACCAUCGUCAUAGCGAAGGCCCUCAAGGAUCUCACAUUUACCACAGCGACGGCCGGGCUGAUCUUCAUACGUUUUCAUACGGCAGUAGUCGGAUGGGAUUGUCCAGCGCGGGUUCGGGCAUGGCACCCAGAACUCCCGAGUCAAUGAAUCGGGGUACGGCAGCAUCGAUGCACAGGACCAGCAGUAGAAAUGCGUCUCGACCUAGCACCAGCUCUCGACCUUCAGAAGAGGUCACCCUGUCGUCACUUUCAGCGCCUCGGGUUAGCCUAGAAGCGCCAUCCCCGACGAUUGGCGAAUUGUUAACAGACCCGAAUGCAGUGGCAGCCAAGCACUCAUCGGGGUCAACAUUCUACUCGGCCAGUGCCGGAGUGGGCCAGUCACAGUCUGGAGCAGGCACAAGUACAAACAGAGGGAGUAUCUUUUCAUCCGCGAUGCCAAUGGGCGAGACUGGAGGGGAGGAGGGAGAAGGAGCAGGUCGACGCGAGGCAGGCAAAGAGUUGGGUGUAUUAUUCACAGCGGCAAGUGUGUAUGAAUUCAACAUUGACCGGUCGCGGCAACAAGGGGGAUUCCGGUACCUAACAUAUGUUAGCGGUGAGAUUUUUGAUGUGAUUGCCGAGCACGGAGAACUAUGGUUGGCAAUCAAUCAGGAUGACGAGAGCCGCGAAGUUGGAUGGAUAUGGAACAAACACUUUGCAAAAUUGGCGACAUGAAGGGGAGAAGAAAUCAGAAAGCAGAUCUGCAAGGUGGUUCAAGGAUAUUGGGGAUGUACGUGUGAGCAACAUGAGGGACAGAUGGAAAGAGAUGCUUGGCAUGGCGGUCAUUUUUUCAGCUUUCAGCGUUUAAGCGUGCAAAAUGGACAAAGGCAAUGGCAAUGGCAACGGGCGUUGUGAUUGUCCAUCAGGCUUGGAAAGUUUUGGAUCAAAGCCAAAGGCAACCAAGCCAUGGAGGACGAAGGACUGUACAUUAUGCGUACACAUACGCACGUUAUGGAUGAGCAUGAAACAAGGGAGAUCAAGUUUCAUGUGAGGCUUUCUUUGAAUGCCUCUGAUCCAGAACAAGGAUGGUUAGAAUUGGAAAAUUACUGUCCUGAGGUCCCAGUCCUGUGUAAGAUUCUUGCUUCUUAUUGAUUUCGAAAGUCCAAAGUAUGAGGAUCUGGUGUACUUGGACGUAAGUAGGUACCUAUUG